AUGGCCAAAACAAACCAACGUUUUGCUGAGUACCUCUCACCAGAGAAGGAGAACGAGCUGCAACAGAUUGCUCUUGCCAUCGUAAAACCUGGCAAAGGGAUCCUUGCAGCAGACGAAUCUGUUGGUACUCUGGGAAAGCGUUUUGCAUCGAUUGGUUUAGAAAACACAGAGGAGAACCGACGCAAGUACCGAGAGUUACUGUUCACGGCUGAUGAUUCAUUGGCUGAGAAUAUUAGUGGUGUGAUUCUCUUUGACGAGACCUUUAGACACAGCACAGCAGACGGCAGGCCAUUUGUCAAGGUAUUGCAAGAAAAAGGCAUUAUUCCAGGCAUCAAAGUUGACACAGGCCUGGUCCCACUGGGCGGAACAUUUGACGAGAGCACAACACAAGGUUUGGAUGAUCUUGCCGAGCGCUGCGCAGAGUAUAAAAAGGGUGGUUGUGGUUUUGCCAAGUGGCGAUGUGCCUUGAGGAUCUCAGGUCAAACCCCAUCCUACCAGGCUUUGCUAGAAAAUGCAAAUGUCCUGGCACGUUAUGCCAGUAUUUGCCAGCAGAAUGGUCUUGUGCCCAUUGUUGAACCAGAAGUACUUCCAGAUGGAGACCAUGACCUGGAGACAGCCCAGCGGGUCACGGAACAGGUGCUGGCUUUCACGUACAAAGCUUUGGCCGACCACAAUGUCUACCUGGAGGGAACUCUCCUGAAGCCCAACAUGGUGACUGCAGGACAAGCUUCCCCCAUUAAGUAUACUCCCCAGGAUGUGGCCAGGGCAACAGUGCAGGCUCUCAACAGAACUGUGCCGGCAGCUGUUUCAGGCAUCACCUUCCUGUCUGGAGGGCAGUCAGAAGAGGAUGCUACCGUGAACCUCAAUGCCAUCAACCAGUAUGUUGGACGCAAGCCCUGGCCACUCACCUUCUCCUACGGCCGGGCUCUCCAAGGCACUGUCCUGAAGACUUGGGGCGGCAAAGAUGAAAAUUUCAAGGUCGCACAAAAUGCACUGUUGAAACGUGCCAGGGCCAACGGAGCUGCCUCUGCCGGUCAGUACCAGGGGGAACAGCAAGGCAGCGGGGAGUCGCUGUUUGUGCCCAAACACAGCUACUAG